AUGAAGAUUUUCGCUCCCAUCACUGUGGCUGCUGUCACAUUAUCCACCGCCUCUGGUGCUACCGCCUGGAUCGACGCUCUCACAAAGAUUGCGAACUCCGACUCGUACCAUAUGAAGCCUGUUCACGUGGUGCAGGCCCGUGUGCAGAGUGACGCUCCUCUGUGGAAUGCGACCACCAAGAUGUUCGGCUCGACUUACUACAAAACAGCUGAAGAACAGUUCCGCGGCUUACUCGACACUGUCAACACCGCCUCCGUGGAAGGCUCACUGAUGUAUGUACAAGCCGAAGGCAUCGACGUCACGUAUCAAUCUGUAGCGUGCCAGCGCAAGAACAAGAUGAAGUAUGUCGUUUUUUACGAUAUCGUGUUUACGCAGACCAAUGAAACUUUGGCUGAAUACGAAGAUGAGUACGGUUCAUUCUUAGCGAUGGACGGAGGCCGGUGCAACCAAGUCAACGGAACAGAGUCAGAGGAAUGCCUCUCUCUCAAUGGUAACUCCACCUUGGGUGUUCCUAACGUCGGACCAUUUGUUGGUGGGAGUCUCAAAGAGACUGAUGCUCGUGCGCCAUACCAGAAUUGUUGGUGGUAUUCGUUCCCUAACACAUGUCCGCUGCAACCAUGGAGUGCUAAAACUGCCGAGUGCCGCGCGAGUACGCGUCAAGGCCUCUGCGAUGCAAACACACUGCCGGACGGUAUCAAAUGCACGUACAACUACCGUGUGCUUGGGUACGUCCCAAUCGACGAUGUUGUCGGGAUCACAAGCCUUCAGAACAAGGCCAAAACCGCGACCUAUGCCAGUUAUUCUGAAUUCUGUACCGAAGGGGGUAUUGAGUUCAAGACGGACAAAGAUACCAAGGCCUUCGUUGAGAGCAUUCCGUUUUGGGAUAACCCAACCGACACAUCGGCGAACACGAAACGCACGCAAACGCUGCUCAAAGUCUAUGAAGACAUGCUCACGAGCAAAACCUCAUCCCAGAUUACAAGUGACGUCAUUGGUAACAUGAAGUCACUUCCUGCCGUGGCAGAUCUUGUUACUGAAAACCCCAAAUGCUACGAAAACAUCAAGAAGUGUGCUACUGCAACUCACGGCUGCAAGCGUGACCUGUACGGUCAGAUCUGCACUGUAUGUGAGGCUGCUGCGUCUGGCUGCGAGGUGGCGCCAAGCUCGUUUAAGUUCCCGACGCUAGUGAAGGCCACAGUGACGUCGUCCUCCGAAGGAAGUGCGUCGACUGGAAGCAGCAGUGCAUCUGAUGGCAGCACGUCUGAUGGUAAUACACCUGCGCCGACCCCGACCUCAACCUCCAGUGCUGCAAGCCUCGCUAUUACGGUUGGUGCGCUGAUCGCAUCGCUCGGGCUCUCGGUUCUGAUGGGUUAA